AUGGAUAUUAGAAACCAAACUCCUCUCUCUGGUUUCCUGCUCCUGGGCUUCUCUAAGCUCCCAGAGCAGCAGCCUCUGCUGUUUGGCCUCUUCCUGGGCAUGCAUCUGGUCACCGUGUUGGGAAAUCUGCUCAUCAUCCUGGCCAUUGGCUCAGACCCUCACCUCCACACUCCUAUGUACUUCUUCCUGGCCAACCUCUCUUUCAUCGACACCUGUUUCACUUGCACCAUUGUCCCCAAGGUGCUGUUCAACAUGCACACCCAGGAUCACACCAUCUCCUACCCUGGGUGUCUCACACAGAUGUUCUUCUUCAUGCUGUUGGCACUGCUGGAUGACUUUCUGCUGGCUGUGAUGGCCUAUGAUCGCUAUGUGGCCAUCUGCCUUCCUCUCCACUACACCAUGAUCAUGGGUCCCCAUCGCUGCCUGCUGCUGCUGACCACGUCCUGGCUCUGCUCCACUAGCUUGGCCUUUUCACUUGCACUGCUGAUGACUCAGUUCUCCUUCUGUGCCUCCCAUUCCAUCCCACACUUCUUCUGUGAUGUUCUCCCACUCCUCAAACUUGCCUGCUCAGACACCCAUACCUUUCAGGUCAUCAUGUUCUCUGAAGCUACACUCUCAGGUGUGGUCCCACUCACAUGCAUCCUAAUCUCUUACGCUCACAUCAUGCACACCAUCCUCAGGAUGCCCUCUGCUCGAGGGAAGCACAAAGUCUUCUCCACCUGUGGCUCUCACCUGACAGUGGUCACUCUCUUCUAUGGAACACUCUUUCUGGUGUAUUUCCAGCCUUCAUCCUCCUACUCAGCAGGCACUGGAAUGGUCGUGUCUGUGAUAUACACAACAGUCACCCCCAUGCUGAACCCCUUUAUCUACAGCCUGAGGAACAAGGAUAUGAAAAGGGCUUUGUGGAGACUCGUUGGCUUAGGAAAAUAUUCGGGAAAGGCACAGCUCUAA